GAGUUUUGGUCUGAUGGAUUUGGUAUAAAAUAAAAUAGGAUUUAAAGAAUUUUCUUAAAGGAUUUUUGUAUAGGUUCAUUUUAAUUCAAAUUUGAGGACAACGCUGGCCUAAUAUUGUUGAUAAAUAAAGUGAUACGAUUAAUUGACGUAUGAUCUCGUAAUAUAAGGGAAGCAGAAAAUAUAAGUCUUCUGCAAUUAAAAUUAAUAAAAAAUGACUAACCUUCCACCAAGAAAAUUUUCCACAUCUAGCAAAACAUCUAAACAAGAUUCCACACCAUUACAAAUACUUUUACAAAUGGGGUUUCCGAAGAAUAGAGUACUAAAAGCUUUGGCUGCUACAGGGAAUCGUAGUGUGCAACUAGCAUCAGAUUGGCUUCUAACUCAUGUUAAUGAUGCAUUGAUAGAUGUUGAUCAACCAAGAGAAUAUAUAUUUUAUGCCAGUCCUACAGGACCACUGCUUACCCAGUUACGAGAGUUUUGGGAAAAAUCUAAAGCUGUUUCUAGUUGGAAUAGAGCACACAACUUUCCACCACACAUAACACUUGUCUCGUUUUUUAAGGCUGCAGAUGAAGCAUCUCUUCAAUUGGCAAAAGCAGUUAAGCAAGUGGUUGAAAUGGUUGGUGAUCCUCCAAUGAAUGAACUUAAACUAGAACCAUAUGUAUCUCAUAACUUCAUGGGUCUAUUUUUAUCAGAAGAACAUGCAGAGUAUUUAAAAAAAAUUGCUGUACAGUUUGUGAAAGAAGUUUCUUCUAUAUUGGGUGUUAAAGUGGAUACAUAUGAACAUUUGGAUGCACUGGGUGCUUGUUUUCCAUGGUGUACUAUGGCUCAAGAGAAAGAUAUAUCUACAAAUCUUGAGGCACACGUAAAAUCCUUACAUAUAACGCUAGCAUACCACUUUGAGGCCUCAGCGUAUGAUGCAUUGAAAAAACUUGUUGAGGAAUUAAAACCUGAGACACUUAGCAGUUGGGAACUAAGAUUGUACUCCCGGGACCCUCGAUUUGCUAAUCACCUGGUGCAUAAAGUGACACAAAGUUACGUUCCAGUAGCAAAUGAUGAAUUGGAGCUAGUAAUUGGAGAUUAUAUUUAUAUUGAGGAAAAACAAUUUGACAGCAGUCCAGACGGCUGGGUCUACGGAACGUCUUGGCUCACAGGCGUGAGUGGCUACUUACCGGCUGUGUAUACGCAACGCACAGCCGAGUCGGACGCGUGGACGUUACACCGCACGAUUACUUUGGGGAAUAAUUUAGGUGCAGAAUCGAAGUCGGAGUCUAAAACAGAUGCAGAUAUGGCCGGCUAUCCGCACGAAGAUGCCUCCAAUCUCGCCCAGGAAAAGUCAGAAGAUACCUACAAAGAUUGGGAGAAUUAUUGGAAAGCUGUAACCUUCGACAAGGCCGAAGCUGGAAUUUUAAAUGUAAUAGGAGAUAGGGGACUCGACCUAAAAUCGGAAAAGGCAUGUGGUAACGGCGACACUGCGUCAAUGGGUGAUUGUAAGGAGGCAAAAGCGAAAGGUGGAAAGGAACGUCGGUGGAUGUUAGGGAUGCGUCAUGGCGAAAGGGUCGACUUGACUUACGGGGCAUGGGUGCCUUACUGCUUUGAUGAUAAUGGGACUUACGUCAGAAAAGACCUUAACAUGCCGUUGAAGUUGGGCGAAAGGAAAGGCGGAAACGACUCAUAUGCCCUGGACACUCCGUUGACUCGGGUUGGGCACCUGCAAGCUCAGCUGGUAGGUGAAGGCAUGCGUCUGAAUGGAGUCACAGUCAAACACGUGUACGCAUCUGCAGCUCUUCGUUCCAUAGAAACCGCCCAUAGCUUCCUGCAGGGUCUACAGGCAGAUCCAUCUGUAAAGGUUCGUGUUGAACCAGGAUUGUUUGAAUACAAGAUGUGGUAUCUGACGAAAGGAAUGCCGACCUUCAUGACACCUCAGGAACUUCACGACGCCGGACUUAAUGUUGAUGUCGAUUACAAGCCCUAUAUUGACUUAGACCCUAAUACGCCGGAAACCUUGGAUGAUUUCUUUAAACGAAAUGAAUUGGUUAUGCAGUCGGCUUGGAACGAAUCUCAGGCAGAAGGUGGCAACAUAAUGUUCGUCGGUCACGCGGCAACACUAGACCUGAUGGUGUUGGCAUUUAAAAGAUUGGCUGAAGGCAAAACUGACGAACCUAACUACCAGAUCAGUCAGAAUCUAUUGAGAGUACCAUAUUGUGCAGUUGGGGCGGUACGAGACAACCCUUGGGAGGUUGUUUCUCCUCCUUGCCCUCCGUCCAUCAAUUCCAACUCAGCCAGAUAUAAUUGGAAAACGCUACUUGAUAUAUAAACUCCAGACCAGAACCAGAUCUCCCAGAAAAUUGUGAUGAUUGUUUGAUUUGGAAUAGUCGAUUUAUAUACUUAGGUAAUGAUUUUACUUUAAAUUUUAAGUAGGUUUUUGUUAGAACUAGUUAGUAAAAGAUUACAAGGAGAAUGUUUUAGCAGACUGCUUUUUGCGGGCAAUAUUGAAUAAAUUUAUUUGAACCAGAUACAGAGACUACAGGCUUAAAAUAAAAAUUGCCAUUCCGAUUGUCUUAUUUAACAAUAGUUAAAAGAAACAAAUUCAGAGGUUAUAUUUACAAAUGUAAGUUUUAACGUGUUGAAUUUUUUGUUACAACUGUUGCCAUUUCAUCAAUUUGGCAAAAGACAGUCCACGUUAUUUGUGGCAUUUUUAUAUUCUUAGGGACAUGUUCACGUAGUUUUCUUAAGUUCUUCCCGGCUUAUGUUUUAAAGUGUAUACACGGCCCUAAAAUCAGAGGCACUAUCAGGGAAGUGGUGGGGAGUCCCUAGAUCGCCUCAGUUGGCAAAGCAAUGCUUAUUUUUGGCUGCUUUGAGAGUGUCUGCUGCACGGUUGGUUACAUACUGACAGACAGGGACGUGAGAAAAGUACGCUACUAUCGAUUCGAACUACGAGCUGAUUUUACCAUUGGCCCGAUAUUUUAUGGCCGUGUGUAGUCGCAAUUAUACUCAGAUUUUUCAUUCCGUAGAAUUCUGACAUUUCAUAAGUGUUGCUACUAAAAAAGUUCUCCACC